AUGCCCAGGCUCCGCUCUCUCUCCAACCUGCUCGUUCAUCAGUUCAGCGCACGGAGCUGCGUCGGCUUCGACGACAAGGACGAGGAGGUGCUCAGGCGAGGGGCCAGGAUCCAGCGGUUCGACGUCGUAGGGUCCAAGUUGGUGGACGAGCUACAGGACGAGUUCGCCGGUGGCAGCGGCGGUGGUUUCUGCGACUCGUCCUACGUUGACGUAAUGUGA